UACAACUUGCUGCAAUCUCUUCUCUUGAUACACACUUUCUCACCAUGUUACAAGCGGGAACAAAGCUCUCCAAGGACCCUGCCGAGACUAAAGAUUCCCCCGAACCCCAAUUGUUCCCUCCUCUAAACUUGCCGUUCAGACACAGUGUAGUUGAUGGUUGGGUUUACCCACCUUUCAUCAAAGAGGACACGAUCGAGAGAACCCGCAAGUUCCAGCUAAGAGAAGAAGAUGUGUUCGUGGCUACUUAUCCCAAGUGUGGUACGACCUGGACACAGAACAUCAUCUCCAAACUACACGAGGUCCAUCAGACAGGGGCUCUACAAGGUCUCGGGAGUCACUUGCUGGAGAUCAUACCUUGGUUAGAAAACUCCUCUCACGAGCAUAUCGCAGAGAGACCCUCUCCGCGCUACCUCAAGACUCAUAACCCCUACCAGCACCUUGCUAGAGAUCCAGCAGUUCGCUGCAAGUACCUUGUUGUAUCUAGGAAUCCGAAAGACGCGUGCGUCUCCCUCUAUCACCACGCUAAGGGGUUCUCUGUUUUCAAAUACUCUGGAGACUUCCACAGUUUUGCUGAGCUGUUUUUAGAGGGCAAGGUUGAGAGUGGAUGUUGGUGGACUCAUCUCAGACAGUAUAAGAAGAACAAGGAAGACCUGGAUAUUUUGCUGCUGAGAUACGAGGAUCUCCAUAGUCAAGGUCUCCACAUGAUCAAACAGAUUAACGACUUCGUAGGGCUGCCAAGUCUUACAGAUUCUGAUUGUGAACGGGUUCUGGUGGAAACUUCCUUUGAUAAAAUGAAGAAGGAUCCUUCUGCUAACUACUCGUGGAUGGAUCAAGGAAGAAAGAAGGAGGAGAGCCCCUUUAUGAGGAAGGGAAAAGUCGGGGAUUGGACAAAUUUCUUUAGCAAGGACUUGAGUGAUAGGUUUGACAUGAAAACGAGGGAGACGUUAGGAGAGUUUGAAGUUUUCAAUGAUUACAUUACUGGGUUCCCAGAGCAAUGAGUCAUGUAAAUUAUACUGUUUUAUAAUACCAAUAAAUUACAUUUUUGCUGAAUAUUUACCCGAAAAAUUAUGGAUAUUGUUGAUGAAUGACACGAAAAUUUUCUUUUAAAAUAAAAAUCUUUACUGUUUUACAUUCUAC